GCGGAGGCGCGGGCGCUGUGGCGGAGCGUGUGAGGCGGCGGAGCAGCGCACGGUGUCGCUGCAGGCUCAGGAACGGCGUCUCGGCGGCUCCGCCCCGGUGCGGCGGAGAGCCCGGCUGUGAGCGCGGGGGGGCGGCGCGGGCCGGGCAGCAGAGCCGGUGCGUCCGGGCGGCGGCGGGGAGCCGUGCGGGGCCCGUGCCGGGGCCGGCAGCCAGAGCGGCACAGGCGGCGGCGGCGGCGGCGGCGAUGGGGGAGCGUUGUUGUGCGGUGGUGCGGGUGCUGGUGCUGCAGGCGGCCUGGGCGCUGUCGGGCGGGCAGGUGCGGUACUCGGUGCCGGAGGAAGCCAAGGCCGGCACGGUGGUGGGCCGUCUGGCGCAGGACCUGGGCCUGGAGGCGGGCGAGGCGGAGGCGCGGCGGCUGCGGCUGGUGGCGCAGGGCCGGCGGGCGAGCGUGGAGGUGAGCGGGGCGAGCGGCGCGCUGCUGGUGAGCUCGCGGCUCGACCGAGAGGAGCUGUGCGGCAAGAGCGCGCCGUGCGCGCUGCGGCUGGAGGUGCUGGUGGAGCGGCCGCUGCGCGUCUUCCAUGUGCAGCUGGAGGUCACCGACAUCAACGACAAUGCCCCCAUCUUCCCCGCCGCCCGGAAAAACCUCAGCAUCGCGGAAUUCACCACUCUGCCGGGGUCUCGUUUCCCGCUGGAGGGCGCGUCGGAUGCGGAUAUCGGAGCGAACGCGCAGCUCUCCUAUACACUCAGCCCCAGCGAGCACUUCUCUCUGGAUUUACAAAAAUCGAGUGAGCGAAAUACUGAACCCGAACUUGUUUUAACGAAAUCUCUGGACCGCGAGACGAUUCCCGUUCACCGGUUGUUGCUGACGGCGAGUGACGGGGGCCGGCCGUCUCUGACAGGAACAAUGGAGCUGGUGAUCUCGGUGCUGGAUGUGAACGACAACGCGCCUCAGUUCAACCAGUCAGUGUAUAAAGUGCAGCUACCGGAGAGCGCUGAGGUGGGGACGCUGGUGACGCGUGUGAACGCAACGGAUGCGGACGAGGGUAUUAACAGUGAGGUGACCUAUACCGUGACGAACUUCAUUCCCCCGAGUGGAAGAGAUGUGAUUUCCAUCAAUCCGAAUACAGGGGAGAUUCAUCUCACAGCAGCCCUGGACUUCGAAGAAGUCAAUGUAUUUGAUUUCCGUAUUGAAGCCAAGGACCGAGGGACACCCCCGCUGUCGGGCCACUGCCGAGUGGAGCUGGAGGUGCUGGACGUGAACGACAACGCGCCGGAGGUGUGGGUGACGUCGCUGUCGGUGCCGGUGCCGGAGGACGCGUCGGUGGGGACGGUGGUGGCCCUGCUGAGCGUGUCGGACCGGGACUCGGGGGCGAACGGUCGCGUGCGGUGCUGGGUGUGGCCGGCGUCGCCGUUCGGUCUGGAGGCGACGUUCGCGGGCUCGUACUCGCUGGUGCUGCGCGAGGCGCUGGACCGGGAGCGGGUGUCGGAGUACGAGGUGGAGGUGCGUGCGGAGGACGGCGGGGCGCCGGCGCUGCGCGGCAGGCGCGGGCUGCGGGUGGCGGUGUCGGACGUGAACGACAACGCGCCGGCGUUCGCGCAGGCCGUGUACACGGUGCUGGCGCGGGAGAACAACGCGGCGGGCGCGGAGCUGGCGCGGCUGUGGGCGCGGGACCCGGACGAGGCGGGCAACGGGCGCGUGAGCUACUCGGUGUGGGAGGGCGGCGUGGGCGGCGGGUGGCGUCCGGCGUCGAGCUACGUGUCGGUGGACGCGGAGAGCGGGCGUCUGUGGGCGCUGCAGCCCUUGGACUACGAGGAGCUGCAGGUGCUGCAGUUCGAGGUGCAUGCGGUGGACGCGGGCGAGCCGCCGCUGUGCGGCAACGCCACGGUGCAGCUGUUCGUGCUGGACGAGAACGACAACGCGCCGGCGCUGCUGCCGCCUGCGGGCUCGGCGCCGGAGGCGGGCGGCGUGGCGGGCGAGGCGGCGGCGGCGGCGGCGGCGGGCUCGGUGUCGGUGUCGGGCACGCUGUGGGCGUGGGCGGCGUGGGGGGCGCCGGCGGGGCAGGUGGUGGCGAAGAUCCGCGCCGUGGACGCCGACUCGGGCUACAACGCGUGGCUGCGCUACGAGCUGUGGGAGCCGCGGGGCAAGGGCCCGUUCCGCGUGGGGCUCUACAGCGGCGAGGUGAGCACGGCGCGGGCGCUGGAGGAGGCGGACGGCCCUCGCCAGCGGCUGCUGAUCGUGGUGCGCGACCACGGCGAGCCGGCGCGCUCGGCCACGGCCACGCUCAGCGUGUCGCUGGUGGAGGCCGCCGAGGCGGCGCUGGCCGCGGCCGCGGGAUCGUCGUCGUCGUCGUCGCGGUCGGCGGCGGGCGCGGAGAUGGGCGCUGGUGCGGCGAGUGCGGCGACGAACGUGUGGCUGGUGGUGGCCAUCUGCGCGGUGUCGAGCCUGUUCCUGCUGGCCGUGGUGCUGUACGGGGCGUCGCGCUGGGCGCCGCGGGCGGCCGUGCUGUCGGGGCCCGGGCCCACGACGCUCGUGUGCGCCAGCGAAGUGGGCAGCUGGUCGUACUCGCAGCGCCACAGCCGGAGCCUGUGCGUGGCGGACGGCGCGGGCAAGAGCGACCUCAUGGUUUUCAGCCCCAACUUCCCUCCGCCGCCGCCCGGCCCCGCGGCCAAGGACACGCAGCCGGAGCCCUCCGCUCUCCUGGACACGGUCAGUGGCAGCGCCUUGCUCGCCUCUAUUCUUUCUCUUCCCCCUCUGCCAAGUCUCUCCCGCCCCCUGGGUUGUAGCUGGGUUUAGCUGGUUGUAGCCGCGCUCCGCCCCCACGGCCUGAGGGCCGUGUAAUCUUGGCUGAGUCUUAAAAAUCUGAACGGCACAUUUGUAUCUGCCGCCGCGUCCUUGACGGAGCCCCUCAGUUUUUACUGAGUUGGGGAAAUGUCUUCAUCCCGCUGCUGUUAUCGGACCGUAGCUUAGGUUUGCUGCCCCGAAUGCGACUUGUUCUCUACUAUGUUUGCUCUCCCGUAGAAAGAAAUCACUAUUUAUGGUGAUAAUAGGUUUUCCGAGAUGUCAGCUCUGCAGACCACGCUUUUGCUUGUUGUUGUGUAGCAUAUUAACCUGAGCUUGCUGAAGGAGGUGAAGACACGCAGGCUGUAGUGGUGACAGUCCCCCAGGCACUAUGCAGCACUUAACUGCCUUUGCUGAUUGCUGACCGUGCUGGUAUCAGCAUUGUCGAAAAGUGGGUGCUCUUCCUCUCCUCUGAAAGUGACAUGAUGAAAGGUGACAAUUGAGGCUUCAAGGUUUUCUCUCUCCAUGGUGUAGUUUUUUUCCCUGUUGAUUCUUCCAGCAGACUGAAUAUGAUACUUGGGAAGGCUUUAUUGGACUUUUCCCAUGUUCUUUUCCUAGCAUGUUGCUUCUCUAGAUAGUAGUAUAAACCGUUCAUGCAGAGGCUGUUGAUUCAAAGUUAGUGUAAGAAA